GGCUGCAGGACCCACAUGGCUGGAAAGGAGCUGUCCAGGCGGAGGCAGUUCCUGAGGGAGCACGCGGCCCCCUUCUCCGCCUUCCUCACCGACAGCUUUGGCCGCCACCACAGCUACCUGCGGAUCUCCCUCACCGAGAAGUGCAACCUCCGAUGCCAGUACUGCAUGCCCGAGGAGGGGGUCCCACUGACGCCCAAGGCUGACCUGCUGACCACGGAGGAGAUCCUGACCCUUGCGCGGCUCUUUGUGAAAGAAGGCGUGGACAAGAUCCGGCUGACGGGUGGAGAGCCGCUCAUCCGGCCCGACGUGGUGGACAUCGUGGCCCAGCUCCAUCGGCUGGAGGGGCUGAGGACCAUCGGCGUCACCACCAAUGGCAUCAACCUCGCCCGCCUGCUGCCUCAGCUCCAGAAAGCCGGUCUCAGUGCCAUCAACAUCAGCCUGGAUACGCUGGUGCCAGCCAAGUUUGAGUUCAUCGUCCGCAGGAAAGGCUUCCACAAGGUCAUGGAGGGCAUCCACAAGGCCAUCGAGCUGGGCUACAGCCCCGUGAAGGUGAACUGCGUGGUGAUGCGCGGCCUGAACGAGGACGAGCUCCUGGACUUUGUGGCCUUGACCGAGGGCCUCCCCUUGGACGUGCGCUUCAUAGAGUACAUGCCCUUUGACGGUAACAAGUGGAACGUCAAGAAGAUGGUCAGCUACAAGGAGAUGCUGGACACCCUCCGGCAGCAGUGGCCGGAGCUGGAGAAGCUGCCCGAGGAGGAAUCCAGCACAGCCAAGACCUUUCGCGUCCCUGGCUUCCGAGGCCAGCUCAGCUUCAUCACGUCCAUGUCUGAGCAUUUCUGUGGGACCUGCAACCGGCUGCGCAUCACAGCCGACGGGAACCUCAAGGUCUGCCUCUUUGGGAACUCAGAGGUCUCCCUACGGGAUCACCUGCGGGCGGGGGCGUCUGAGGAGGAGCUGCUGGGGAUCAUCGGGGCGGCUGUGGGCAGGAAGAAGCGGCAGCACGCAGGCAUGUUCAGUAUCUCCCAGAUGAAGAACCGGCCCAUGAUCCUCAUCGGAUUGUUUUGGAUGCUCCAAGAUUCCCCACCAGCCAUUCCAAGCCUUUCCUCUUGGGACCCACUCGGCGUUCAGGGUCUGAGACACAGAGCGAGUCUCUCCAACCAGGUGGCGACUCUGUGGAAGGGCUGCCGGGGGCCCCAGUCCCCUCCCCUCGCCCAGCGGUGGCUGGGGCCUGGCUCCCCUCAGAGACACUACUGUUCCCACCCCAACUCAGACACCAACCCCAAGUGCCUUAGCCCCGGGUCCCGGGCUCCUGCCACCCACUCAGGAUCGCUGCCAACCUCGGACCAGCUCACCCACGUGGACACGGAAGGCCGGGCAGCUAUGGUCGAUGUGGGUGGUAAGCCGGACACAGAGCGGGUGGCCGUGGCCUCCGCCACGGUCCUCCUGGGGCCGCUGAGCAAGAGCCAGGGACCUGUCCAGGCUGGAUCUGGGCAGCUCUGUGCCAACAUGUGGGUGCCGAGCCUGCCAGGGACGUCCCAGUGGGCCUCGGAGGGUGAUCCUGGGGCCCGGAAGCAGGACGAGUAA